ACUGCGCUGCGCUCGCGUAUUGGCGUUCGCGUUUCGUUCAAACCCAUCAAUUAAUCCACCGUGAUGCAGCGGAUGCACCCAUACUGCACAUUUUGUGACAACCCAAUUUAAAAAUAGUGCUCAGUUAGUCAAAUUUUGCCCAUCCUUGAGAGCGGUCGCCUUUCUCGGCAAGUUCGGUUCCGGCGCACAACACGUGAUUCUCACAACCAAGAUAUCUCACUCACGCGUAGUCGCUUGAUACGGUUUGCGGUGCGUUACAACGGUGCGUGCUACGUUCAAAGCGCCCAAUGGAAAAAUUCUUCAAAGCCCUCUGUCGAAAGAAACCGAACGAUGACGACGGUAGCCACUCCAAGCUGGCCCGUGUCCUCACCCUGCUGGACUUGACGGGCCUUGGCGUGGGCAGUACACUGGGGCUGGGAGCGUACGUUCUCGCCGGAUCGGUAGCCUACGAGCAGGCCGGACCCGGCGUGGUGGUUUCGUUUGUGAUAGCUGCCGUAGCGGCAGCCAUUGCCGGGCUCUGCUAUGCGGAGUUUGCAGCACGGGUUCCGAAGGCCGGAUCGGCUUAUAUUUAUACGUACAUUACGAUCGGGGAGUUUGCCGCGUUUACCAUUGGGUGGAACCUAAUGCUGGAGUAUAUCAUUGGGACUGCCAGCGUGGCCCGAGGUUUGAGUGGAUACAUAGACGCGUUGAUUGAUCAUCGAAUGGAGAGAACGCUCCAGAGCAUAGUGGAGUUCAGGGUGAGCUUCCUCGGAAAACAUCCGGACAUAUUUUCGUUCUUUGUGGUUCUGACGAUCACUGCACUGCUGGCGUACGGAGUGAAGGAAUCAACGGUGUUGAACAACAUCUUUACAGGAGUGAAUUUGAUGGUGAUCGUUGUGGUUCUGAUUUCCGUGGGAACCAAGGUGAAUCCGGACAAUUGGAACAUCAAGCCGGAGGACAUUCCCGAGGGGGUGAAAGGUGGCGUUGGGGGAUUCAUGCCGUACGGGCUAGCUGGAGUGAUGGCAGGGGCUGCCAAGUGCUUCUACGGUUACGUAGGGUUCGACUGUAUUGCGACGACUGGAGAAGAAGCUCGGAAUCCAUCCAGGAACAUCCCGUUGGCGAUUAUAUUCUCUCUGCUGAUCAUCUUCCUGUCAUAUUUCGGGGUUGCCACGGUGCUUACUAUGGCUUUGCCAUACUACAACCAAGAUCCGAAAGCACCGUUUCCCAACUUGUUUGACUGGUUGGGAUGGCAGGAGAUAAAGUGGAUCGUAUCCAUCGGAGCCAUCUUUUCGCUGUGUACAAACUCAUUAGGGGCAAUGUUCCCUUUGCCUCGUGUCCUAUACGCCAUGUCAUCGGAUGGGAUCUUGUUCAAGAAACUUCGAAAGGUGCACCCGGUUACGAAGACGCCCAUCUUGGCUACGGUUAUUUCCGGUAUAGUGUCAGGAACUAUGGCUCUGCUGUUCGACCUGCACCAGUUGAUCGAUAUGAUGUCCAUCGGAACGCUGUUGGCUUACACGAUCGUCGCUCUGAGUGUGCUGGUUUUGAGAUACGACGAGAACACAAACUUUCGAACCAGCGUUCCCACUCAGGAUAAGUCAGUGAUUGUGAAACAGCUGUUCAACCUGAAUAUUGCCAAAACUCCGAAUGCGCUUUCAUCGAAGAUCGUCAAGAUCAGUUUGAUACUAUACGCUCUGGUCACGUGCACCGUCAGUGCCAUACUGGUAAACGGUCAGGAUUACCUCUCGGCUCAAUACCCGUUGAACCUGACGAUCCUUACCAUCCUGGCCAUGGCGAUCCUCAUCCUAUUCCUGGUCAUCGCCUGCCAACCCACGGAAGAGACCAAGAUCACCUUCAGAGUGCCGCUGGUUCCAUUUGUCCCGAUGCUGAGCAUCCUGGUCAACAUCUACCUCAUGUUCCAACUGGACGUCAACACGUGGAUCAGUUUCUCCCUGUGGCUGUUGGUUGGAUUUGUGAUCUAUUUCACCUAUGGAAUCCGACAUUCGGUUCUGGGUUCGGGCAGUCACACCCUGUCGGAAAGCCAGCUGGAGAAUCCGUUCUGCAUGGUGGGUCUUGAAAAGACGUAGGCUUAAGUUCUCGUAUCAGUCGGUAUUAUCAGCUAUAAGUGACAUGGUCAAAGAGUUUCAUUCCGUGUUUAGGCUAGUAGUUGUAAGGAAAAUGUGACUUUGCAUCGUGUGAUCAAUGUUUGUUCUUUUGCCUAGUGUAUAGGCGUACAUUUGUGGCGUCUCUGUAUGUUUUCGAAAAUUUCAUUCUUUUGACAAUGACACCGAGAAUAAACGGAACAAUGAGUUCA